AUGUCCUCUAAAGUGAUCAAAUGUGAUAAAUGCAACAUAGUGAUCAAUGAAGUGCUAGCAUUUGUACAAAAUAAGGUGGAAGUGAUGGACGAUGUUAGUCUGAUUAGGAUCUGUGCGUCGUCUUUCAAGAAUGAAGAAAUUGUCGAAGCUAAAAGCCUUCUCUUUGACUCCAUAUCAAAGAGAAAAAUAUCAAGAAAAGGUGAUGGAAGAACCACUCGAGACCUUGAAGACAUUAUUAGUCUUUUUAGAGGAAGUAACGAUCCUGACAUUCUUCCAAUCUUCGUGGCUAGAAACCUACAAAAACUCCCACCCGUUACUUUCGAUCAUAUUGACGUAACUAGGCUACUUAAGGAUAUUGUUUUAAUGCAAAGUGAAUUGAAACAAAUUCAGGAUUAUUUUCUUGGUGAAUCACAAUAUGCUACAGUGGACCAGAUUGAUCAGUUGAGGUCUGAAAUCGAAGAAUUAAAAUCAUCUAAAAAAUCAGACUAUGAACCGUAUGUCAAUACGAAAAGAGGCGGAAAUCGCAUACAAGAUAGUUUUGAAUGUCCAAGUGAUAGCGGUCCUUUCGGCAUGCUACAUUUUGAAAACAUACCGGUCCCUUCAACUGACAAUGUUGUUGACGCGCGACUGCUGGCGGAGAAGCCCGAAACUGGGCCGACGGCGGAGAAGCCCGAAGUCGGGCCGAUACCGUCGUCGCUGGAGUGCACCACGCCGGUAUUGGCCGAAGCCGCAUCACGUGACCGUGGGGCGAAGAUAGACGACUGUAUGCCCGCCACGCUCUUAGAUACGAAUACAUCGUCCGAAUCUGGGCACGGAACGGCAACGCAGCAAUGUGUGAAUGACCGGGCAGGUGUCAAUCACUGUGCAAAAUAUGGCAACGCCCAAUCAGCUGUUUCUGAUACUGAUAAUGGAUUAAUCAUGAAGGUGUCAACUGCUCAGUCACCAAUAGCUCCAACCUUUGCCAAUGUUCUAAAGAGCAGCACUGAUGAGGAAGGCUGGAUAACCGUUCAGAGGAAAAAACAGACUAACUCACGGUUUUCGGGUAAAAUUGGUACCGCGCCAGUUAGCCCGGGCUCCAAAUUCAAAGCAGCUGAUAUCAGAACACCAAUCUACAUUUACAAUGUUAUGAAAGAAACCACAACCACAGAUAUAGCAGAAUAUAUAAUGAGAAAAACACGAAUUGCUGUUCAACCUGAGAAAAUACACAUGAAAGUAUCGAAGGACUAUGACUCAUACAAGAUACUUGUACCGAGACAAAAAAUAGCGUUGUUUUAUGAUAAUAAUUUCUGGCCCGAUGGUAUUUACUUCAGGAAAUAUUUUAUUUUUAGACAAAAAAAAGACUCUGACACCGAGAUAACAAAACAAAACGCUUAUGGACAGCAAUUACGUUAG